AUGAAAAAUAAUCAUUCAGAAUUUUUAAUCUAUAUAAAAAAUUCAACAUGUUCUAAGUAUAAUGAAUGCGUUUAUAACAUCAAUUACAACAUAAAAAGUUUUUCGCCCCCUUUGGGCGGAAAUUGUUCUAAAAACGCAGAUUGUUUAAUCGGCAAUUCUACAUGUAUCGAUUUCAUUUGUCAAUGUAGGCCUUACUUUGAAAUUAUUUAUGGUGAGAAAUGUGUUCCUGUGCUUAAAAAACCAUGUCGGUCGAAUUACGAUUGUUUCAAUGUUCCAUUCGCAGAAUGUUCGACAAAUAAGACAUGCGCCUGUAAAACAAACUAUGUUACAUCAGAAAAUGGAUCAUGUUUAUUACCUGUAGUUGGAAUAUGUGCAAAAAACAGUGACUGUAAAUCUAAAAAUUCUUACUGUCAUUUCAACAGAUGUCAAUGCAUAAAGAAUUUCGUUGGCCAGAUAAUCAAUGGGGUUUAUGAGUGUAAACAGAUAAGCCUAGGAUUUUCUUGCGAAACGGCUCAUGAUUGUGGCACUAUCAGAAAUUCUCAAUGUUUGGACAACGUUUGUGUUUGUUUUGAAAAAUAUUAUGCGCUUGAUAACGGAAUCACUUGUGUGCCGAGGAUUGGUGGAUAUUGUUCAGAAGACAUUGAUUGUGCAUUUGCAAUUUUUCGAUGCUUUAAUAAUUUUUGUGAAUGUCAACCGGGCUAUGUAUCUGUUUCAGACAAUCAAUGUGUAUUGAAAUCAUCAGCAAUUUCUUGUGACAUGGGUAUUGAAUGUGGAGAGCAUUGGCAUUCGGAUUGUUCAUUAGAUCACACUUGCUUUUGUAAAUCAAAUAACACGCAAGUUAACCAAGCGACAUGUUCACCAAUUUUAGGUUGAGCCUGUUGGAGAGACGAUCAAUGUACAGUCAAAAAUUCUUUAUGUAUUUCUUUUCGUUGUCAAUGUAACGAGGCAGAAUUCAAAGCCGUUGCUAUUAAUAUGUGUCUGUAAUUUUUUUGAACUUGUGUUAUGAAAAA